GUUAUAUAUGCCGCUUCCUUGGAGCUUUGAUCAAUUGCAGCUCGCCAGAAAUUCGAAUUGGGACAGCAAAAAGCGUUCAGGUUGACGUCUACUUGGUGGAUACAUAUACUUUCUAUAUACAUGAUUUUGGGUUCCAUUCAUCGGCCCUUCCUUUCUUGUUCCACAUUUAAGCUACAAGCUCAAGCCUAAUCGAUGCAGCCCCUCCAAAACUUCUCUUUCCUUUACAAGAAGUGUUAAAUUUACCAACUGACAAACUGACAACUUGACUCUUAACCUCAAAAACAUCCACAGGCUAUAUCUCGUCAAUCACUCCGCAGAGCCUUGACAAAGAAUCAUCUUCAAAAUGGUUUACACUUUGACCGUUCACCUCUAUGCCAACGAGCACCCAGAGUCUAUACCCCGCAUCAAGGCCAAGCUCAUUGAAGCAUCCCGAGUCUACAAGCAGGACAAGGAAACAGUUGACUGGAUUGUCAUGCAAGAUGUCCACGACCCUAGAGCAUUUACCAUUGUAGAGAGAUUCGAACAAGAAAGUAGCCAAAAAUACCAUCUCGAGAACCCAUACUGGCAAACUUUCGACCCAUACGUCGUCCCACUCCUUGGAAAGCCAAUGGAUCUCCGAAGACAUGAGGAAUUGGACAUUAGCAAGGAGGUUGAGGUUCCAGCUUAAAGGAUUGAUCCGACACUCAAAUCAUUCCCAGAAUACAGAACAAGGACAGCUGGGCACACCCCUUGGCUUUGUAAUCUAGAACUCUUCAGAUACUAGAACUAUCUACCAUGAGAUACCAAUGCAAUGGAACUAUGACAGUGAGA